CUGUGAAAGAAGGGCAGUCAAGUCAACUUGUGGCGUGGCCUUUUAUUCCUUUACCUCCGGCACAGCAGAAUACGAGGGCAGAUGGCUGUCAGGUUGUAAUAAUAAGAUCCUAAUAAAUUCCAAGGUUUCUUUGAAACACUGGAGACCUAUAGACGAGUUCAAUUAAUUGAGUCAGGACUAAGAAGAUUGAAGAAAAUGUCUUAUGCCAGCUUUCUGUGACAGGUUUUGCAUAUCUUUUGAAGUGGAUUUCAUGGAGAAUGACUAGGCAUAAGUUAAACAAGCAGCCAAUGUAGGGACCCCAUUGACACCACCAAAAUUCGACAUUUAGUUUUCACAAUCAACUUCACUAAGUCCCACUUUACUUGUUGAUGCGCACGAAGCUUCAAAUGUGUGGACUUGUUACUCUGCAUAAUGUGUCUUUUUGGUCACCCUCCACGUAUACCUACCAAUUGAAUUCCAUAUCUAUGAACCUGGAUAAAAACUUUAUUAUUUGUUUGUUGAUAAACAUGGCUCAUUUGUCAUUUUCUACCUACUUUGUUCUCACUUAAUCAACAAGUGACUUGCUAUGUCAGUACAAGCCUAUCGCUAAGCCCGUAGAGAAGAAGAAGAUCACAAAUUCUAUAAGAAAAAAAAUUGUUUAAGAGCAGGAGUCAAGAGGGUCACUUACCUUAAACAAGAUCAAUUAAAGCAAAAUCAAGGAUGGUGCCAUCAACAAUGACAGAGAUGUGGACAACAAUGGGCUCAACAAUUGCAAGUUUCAUGUUUGUUUGGGCAAUUCUUCGGCAAUAUUGUCCAUAUGAGGUUCGGUGUUACUUCGAGAAAUACACACACAGAAUCAUGGGGUUCUUUUAUCCCUACAUCAAGAUUUCAAUCCAUGAGUUCACUGGGGAUCGCCUCAAGCGCAGUGAGGCUUAUGCAGCUGUUGAAGCCUACCUCAGUGUCAACUCAUCCAAGAGUGCUAAAAGACUCAAGGCGGAGAUGGGAAAAGAGAGCACCAACUUAGUGCUCAGCAUGGAUGAGUAUGAAAGAGUAACUGAUGAGUUUCUUGGGGCCAAAGUCUGGUGGGUUUCCAGCAAAGUUGUGUCACCAACAAGGAGCAUGCCGUAUUAUCCGGAGCCAGAGAAGAGAUACUACAGGCUCACAUUUCAUAAGCGUUAUAGGGAGAUUAUAACCGAGACCUAUUUGGAGCAUGUUAUGAGAGAAGGAAAGGAAAUCAGGGUGAGAAACAGGCAGAGAAAGCUAUAUACAAACAGUCCUGGUUACAAAUGGCCAAGUUACAAGCAAACAAUGUGGAGUCACAUUGUCUUUGAGCAUCCUGCGACCUUUGAGACCAUGGCGUUGGAGCCGGAGAAGAAGCUGGAGAUUAUUGAAGAUCUUGUGACUUUCAGCAAAAGCAAAGAUUUUUAUGCAAGGAUUGGGAAGGCUUGGAAAAGAGGGUAUCUUCUUUAUGGUCCCCCAGGGACUGGCAAGUCUACUAUGAUUGCUGCAAUGGCGAAUUUUUUGAAUUACGAUGUAUAUGAUCUUGAGCUUACUGCAGUCAAGGACAAUACAGAGCUGAGGAAGCUUUUGAUUGAGACGACCAGUAAGUCGAUCACUGUGAUAGAGGAUAUAGAUUGUUCCCUUGAUCUUACAGGUCAAAGGAAGAAGAAAUUUGAGAAAUCAUCAGAAGAUGAUAAAGAAAAGAUAGAUAAGGAAGCUUCUCGAAGAGAACAGAGGGAAGAGAGCAAUAGCAAAGUUACUCUCUCAGGGCUGCUGAAUUUCAUUGAUGGGCUCUGGUCUGCUUGUGGUGGAGAGAGGUUGAUUGUGUUCACUACAAACUAUGUGGAGAAGCUUGAUCCUGCUUUAAUACGAAGAGGAAGGAUGGAUAAACAUAUAGAGCUUUCAUACUGCAGUUUCAAGGGAUUCAAAGUGCUUGCAAAGAAUUAUUUGAAAGUGGACAAUCAUCCCAUGUUUGAUACAAUUGAGAGGUUAAUGGAUGACACCAAGAUCACACCAGCUGAUGUUGCUGAGAAUCUUAUGCCCAAGUCUCCAUCGGAUGAUGUAGAGAAAUGUCUUUCAAGUUUGAUUCAAGCUCUUGAGGAAGGUAAGGAAGAAGAAGCUAAGAAGAAAGAAGAGGUAGCAGCUGAGAAGAAAGCUGAGGAAUCAAAAGAGACAGUCAAGGAAAACGCUGAUAAGUCCAGAGUUGACAAAGAAACAGAAGAGAAACUGUGAUGCAGAAACCCAAUGAUCUUUUAGGGAUAAUUUUUCUAUAAAUUUUUGUAAGAGAGAUUGUCUUAUUUGAGCAAUUAUCAUACAGAAAUAAUGAUUCUGCAAA